AGUCAACAGUACUUUGAGGCAAACAGUUGCUCCUUAGCUCAUUCAUCCACAACAAUAUGAAGGUUUUCAUCACUUUUCUGGUAGCCAGCCUAGCUGUUGCUGCUCAAGCUGGAUAUGUCCAGAACGCAUGGCCAGUCAACUCCUUGGGAUGGAACUCCUGGAACAACGGAUGGAACAAUGGAUGGAAUGAAUGGAACAACUGGAACACCAAGGGCUUGGUAUCGUAUCCUUAUUCCUCAGUUCACGGAUCCUGGCCAGCAGUGAACUCCGUCUAUGAUAACGCUUGGGUUAACGGAAACGGAUGGUACGGAGCAAAGCCAACCGUCGUUCAGGCCAACGUUGCUAAGGUCAAUCCAUGGGGACUUCCAUGGGCCGGAUAUGGUUAUGGAAAUGGAUACAACAACUAUGUUGCUCACGGUGCUCCAGUAGUUGCUGCCAAGUAUGUUGCUGCCAAUCCAGGAUCAGUGCAUGUUGCUCCACUUGUUGGACAUGCCCAGAAACUGAUUGUCGCCUAAACUAAUGAACAUUGCUUCCGAAUAAAAUCCU